CCGGAAGAUACACACGUACAUAUAGCGGCACGCUCCGGCCCGGUUAGCACAUUGAGAGUCCGAACCUUCCAUGUACGGAAACACCGUCACUAGCUCCAACACCAUGGCGCAAGAAAUCCCCAGCGAGUACGGCCUCGACAUGGACGAGAGAGAUCCUAACAACUUGAACGAGCACACUAAGGUUCUGUUCGAAGACGUGUUUGCGGAACCUGAGGGCACGCACAGCGCGGACGGCGUCUGGCGCUGGUCCUUCAAGUGUUACAACGGGAGCAAGUCCUGCUGCUACAAGACGCUGACGUACAUCUGCGCCCUGCCCGUGGCCUGCUGCUGGGGCUGCGAGUUCGCCUGUCUCAGCUUCUGCCAGAUCUGGGCCAUGAUCCCCUGCAUCAAGACCUGCAACAUCACACUGGCCUCCGUCAAGAAGGUGUGGGGGUCCUUCUGGCACACUUGCUUGGAUCCCUGCACCGAAUCCUGCGCGCUCUGUCUCAGCAGCAUCAAGAUCACGCAACAGUCGGCUUAAAGACUGGGUUUUGGAAGGUGGAGAACCGAAUAAAGAGACUCGUUUUUACACAACCAAGUGUUCAGUAUUCAGCCGACGUUUCGGUGACCGUCUGUCACCUUCCUCAGGGCAAUAUUCUGACUGUUUCACAUUG